AUGGGAGACAAAUCCAUCGACCAAAUCAAUGCCAAACCUAAUGAAAAACUUGUUGUAGCACUUCUUCCUGCAUACACAAUUACAAACAUUCAAAAUAAGGUCCGGAUCCUUGACGGGACAAAGGUCACUUAUUCCUCAUGGGUCAAACUUUUCACCUCACAUGCCUGGCGAACUUUGUCUGAUGAACUGUUGGUUCGGGUACUUAAAACCGAAUCUACUGCACGAGAGGCAAGGGUUCGCAUCUCUAAGUUGUCAACGCCUUCCCUUGAGGCUUACUGUCAACGCCUUAGGGAAUUGGCUGAUAUGCUGGAUGUUUUCGAAAGCCCAGUCCCAGAAAGUCUACUCAUCCUUCAGCUUGUUCGCGGACUGCCACCAGAGUACGACACCACCGCCUCUCUCAUCAGUCAGAACCUCCCCUCCUGGGAGGAUGCUACCGGGAUGCUACAACUCGAGCACCAGAGAUAA